UUAGGGAGUGGGGAGGGUGGGGAGCACUACAGGGAUCUACAGGGGAAAAUAUGGCUGAUCUCCCACCUCCGCUAAGAGUUUCGCCUCUAAUAAGGUUUGGUAGAUGGAGUUUCCUAGCAGUUGGCAUUACAUGGGGAGCUGUUCGCCAUAGAUCCCUGUCGAAGAAAGAAGCUGCAUUACGAGAAAUUGAAACAAAGCAGAAGGAAAUUCGCGAUGCAAAAUUAGUAGAAGAAAAAAAGAGAUUAGCUAAAGAAGAGCUGGAUAACCUGGCCAGGCAAGCAGGUGCCACACCAGAACCAUGAACAGUUUCUUGUUGAAUUCAUGUAUAGUAACAUUGCUGCCCAUUCUGCAUAGCAUAGAAUUUCAAGAUGUCAAAUGUACAGGUUAUUAAUUUGUUUCACAGUAUAAAGCUCCAAUAAAGUUCAUGUAUGUGUGUUUUAGAUGGAUAUAAAAACCAUUUUCCCACC